AAUUUUAAAGAAAUUUUCGUUUUACUGUUCCCAAUAGGCCAGUACUGAUGCAGGCACUGCGGGCGCCCUGACUCCACAGCACGUUCGCGCUCAUUCCUCGCCAGCUUCCCUGCAGCUGGGAGCCGUAUCCCCAGGGAACCUGACGGCCACCGGAGUAGUCUCUGGCCCAGCAGCUGCGCCUACCGCCCAGCACCUUCGACAGUCUUCCUUCGAGAUCCCGGAUGACGUGCCUCUGCCCGCGGGCUGGGAGAUGGCCAAGACCUCUUCUGGUCAGAGGUACUUCUUAAAUCACAUCGACCAGACGACAACGUGGCAGGACCCCAGGAAGACCAUGCUCUCCCAGAUGAGUGUCACGGCGCCCACCAGCCCCCCAGUGCAGCAGAGUCUGAUGACCUCGGCCUCAGGUCCUCUUCCUGAUGGAUGGGAACAAGGCGUGACUCAGGAUGGAGAGAUAUACUAUAUAAACCAUAAGAACAAGACCACCUCUUGGCUAGACCCAAGGCUUGACCCUCGUUUUGGUAAAGCCAUGAACCAGAGAAUCAGCCAGAGCGCCCCGGUGAAGCAGCCCCCGCCCCUGGCCCCGCAGAGCCCUCCGGGGGGCGUCCUGGGCAGUGGCGGCUCCAGCCAGCAGCAGCAGAUGCGGCUCCAGCAGCUGCAGAUGGAGAAGGAGCGGCUGCGCCUGAAGCAGCAGGAGCUGCUCCGCCAGGCAAUGCGGAAUAUCAAUCCCAGCACAGCAAAUUCUCCAAAAUGUCAGGAAUUAGCUCUUCGUAGCCAGUUACCGACACUGGAGCAGGAUGCUGGGACUCCAAACCCUGUGCCGUCCCCUGGGAUGUCUCAGGAACUGAGAACAAUGACCACCAGUGGCUCGGAUCCCUUUCUGAACAGCGGCACCUACCACUCGCGGGACGAGAGCACGGACAGCGGGCUGAGCAUGAGCAGCUACAGCGUCCCUCGGACCCCGGACGACUUCUUGAACAGUGUCGACGAGAUGGACACAGGUGACACUAUCAACCAAAGCACCCUGCCCUCCCAGCAGAACCGUUUCCCAGACUACCUAGAAGCCAUUCCGGGGACAAACGUGGACCUUGGCACGCUGGAGGGAGACGGGAUGAACAUCGAAGGGGAGGAGUUGAUGCCGAGUCUGCAGGAGGCCCUGAGCUCUGACAUCCUCAAUGACAUGGAGUCCGUGCUGGCUGCCACCAAGCUCGAUAAAGAAAGCUUUCUUACAUGGCUGUAGAGCCCUCAGGUAGACUGAAUUCCAAAUCUGUGAAGGAUCUAAGGAGACAACCCACGUACGCUCGAAAUUUCCAAGUAAGCCAGUCGCAAUCUUCUGGCUUGAUACCGAAAAAGACGAGUAGACGUCUAGCAAGAUGCUUUCAUCCACGAUAUCUCUUUCUCUUGUCCGUUGCUGCUGUUUAUAUAUUGCUGACCUCUUUCAUAGUUGGCUCUAAAGAAUCAAAAAAACCCUUUUUUUGUUUCUUUUGCUAUUAUAACUACUGUUUGUUUGGGGGGCUGGGGGAAGUGAGCCUGUUUGGAUGAUGGAUGCCAUUCCUUUUGCCCGGUUAGAUGUUCACCGAUGGUUUUCACUGCAUUCUCAGACUCGGAAGUCACACGCUCCAUGUCACGGCAUUUACUCAGUUCACGCAGUUGUCAGCCAGUGGAAAACACGCCUAGCUGGUCUGCCAAGCCAAAAAUGUCGUGUCGAUGUCCAGUACUUCAUGCUGAUUUGGUGAUCUAGCUACGACCAAGGCUGAAGACUGUUUUACUCCCAGUGUUUCCCUCCUAGUGCCAUCAUUAGUCACAUAGUGACCUUGAUUUUAUUUUAGGGGCUUAUAAGGCAUGAGGCAGUUUCCAUAGAAGUAUAAUUAUUGCCACAUACUCUAGUAUAGGCUUUGGUGGGUUUUAUUGUGGGUUUGUUUUUGUUUUCUUUUUUUUGUUUUGAUUGGUUGGGUUGUGUUUUUUUGUUUUAGUUUUUUUUCCAGAACCUAGACAGAUUGCCAUAGUAGUGACUCUGUUUAUAGUUGUAGCUUGGGGUGGUUACUGUAGUUCCUUUGGUAAAAUCUACAUUUCCUGAUUUUUUACCAUUUUAUUUAAAUCUUGAUUAUCUGCUCUCUCUCUAUAUAUAUACCCACACACACACUUAUAAUGUUUAUAAUAGUGUGAUAGCAGAAUGUAUCUUUUUUUUAAGGUUUCCCUACUUCCCAAUUUAUUUUAAAAUGGUAGUUUUGAAUGUAUGCAUUUAGAACACGUGGCUCAUACUUUAUAUCUCACAGGUGGUUGAAAUCUGGUUGGGGCAGUCUGCAGACAGGAGACGUAGUUCAGUGUUGUAGAGAGGGCUGUUGUCCCGACAGUGUCUGGAGGAGGACUGUAUGCUCUCCGGCACACGAUAUUAUCUGAUGAAUUUGAAAGGAGCAAACAAGAUAAGGCCUGAUAUUCCCCUUGACACUCCUUUGGACUAAUUUUUAGCCUCGAUGGGAAAUCACUAAGUAGGUUCAUAACGUACAUGACAGAAGUAAGCUUUACGCGGUGGCUUACCUUCCUUUAGGUUUGGAAAUUUACCUUUGCCCUAGUUUUGGAAGUAAGUUCUAGUCCUUUAGUUCACAUUUGUAACAAAUACAUUAAAGACUACAUUGAAAUAUCGCCUACAAGCAUGUUCUUACUGAAGAGAGACUUGCUCCUACUUCUCUAUGCUGAGAAUUGACCCUGGACAGUGUAUAGGGUCCUGCCAAGAUCGUGAGACAGCUGGUAAAGUGAUCAGAUCAAUAAAUGUAUAUCGGUAGUUGAAUUUAGCAAAGAAAUAGAGAUAAUCAUGAUUAUACUUUUAUUUUUACAGGAAGAGAUGUUACUAGAGUAUGUGUCUUACAGGAAUAAUAAUAAUGGUUUCCAAAGAGUAUUUUUUAAAGGAACAAAAUGAGCAUAAAUCAACUGUGUCAGUCGAAGCUGUGAAGGUCAUGGUUGGCCUGUGAAGGUCACGGUUGGUCGUGAGUUAGAGCGGCGGCGGCUGCCACCUGUGCGGAGGGGUCUUUCAGUAGCUCUAGAGUAAGCCCUUACUCUCAAGGGCUGAAACUGCUGUGGGAAGCCUCAGCCUGGGGAGACAGAUUUCCGGUUUUGUUACAGAAUCUAAGACGAGUUCUGACCCUUCCGAUGAGGGGACUCAGAAGUUGGGAGCGACAGGUCUUACAUGAAGUGCUCAGUGCUCAGAAGAUGCGAUCACUGUGCUGUAUAUAAUGAUUCCUAGGUCGAGCGUGCGUAAUUACUGACUUGAAGGCUUUUUAGUAAGAAAACAGCAAAGCAGAUCUUGAAGUAAGUCUGAGGGGAAACAGCCACGUGCAGACUCGUUGGUCUUGUUGACGAGCAGUCGUGGAAUUCUCCCUGGAACGCCGAGCGUGCGGGUGACGGCGUGCCGUCUGCUGCUUGCGUGCUGCGGAGCAGGCUGCGAGGCUUAUGGUGUGCCGGUGGCCGCAGGCCUAGCGUGCAUCUUGAACACCAGCGGAGGACCUUCAGACCAGGGGUGGGGGUCCGGGACGCGGGAGGGGUCGUGGGGACUUAGUGGGACCGUGAUGGAGAACUUGAUAAGCUCCCCCCAAGACUUGUGCAUCCCGCUGUCACUAAAGGCAGCUCUUCCUAAAAGUUCAGCUACUCGAGUUCACCCAUGAGACAGGAAUAUAGAGUUCUUCAUGUCCCCCGGACUCCAGUUUGCCCAGUCACCCCGCAGUGUCAUAGCGGCACGGGGUACCCGACCGCGCCCUCUGUGCUCACCUGAAGGACACCGAGCAGUCCUUCCUCUUUCUGAAUUUGAAUCACAGCCUUGAUGUGGUCUGUCCUGUUCUUUGUCCUUGUUCCUGAUGUUAAAGUGUUUAACGGCUUCUCGGUUUUAUUGGGUAGCAUCGGGGUAAGAUUUUAACUGGGUAUUCUUGAAUUGCUUUUACAAUAAACCAAUUUUAUAAUCUUUAAA